GCAGUUUAAAAAACACGCCAACCCAAUUAAUUAUAUGUACAUUAAUUAAUUCGCAAAUCGUUUGGUAAUAUGUGAGCAGUGCGUAGCAGGAUAUGUGCAAGAGUGCCAAGUUAACGCAUUUUUUAACAAAUAUACAUACAUAGUACACAGACAAAUAUUAAAACUAAAUAUGCGGCUUAGUUGCUAGCACAAAACUAAAAACAGCAACUUAACCCACAACUUAAAUCGGCAGCAACACUCCCAAUUACUUCCCCUCCAAAACUGAAUUUCCCCUCCUCUUCCACUGGAUUCGGAAUAAAGAGGCAGUGUGCCAGAAUUUCCAUUGCAUACUUAAAUUAUGGGCUUAGAUAAAAAUUACUUGAGAUAUGGACGCACUGCUAGAGACCAUAUACUGGGCUGGGCCAGCUGGAGGCGCGGCAGACGCCAACAGCAUCAGCAGUAUCAGCAUCGGCAGCACCAGCAACACAUCCAACAACAACAUCAACAGCUGCCAUACCAGCAACAACAGCAACAAUACCAGCCCCAACAACAGCAACAACAACAACAACAUCAGCAACAACAGCAUCAGCUUCAUGGUGCAGCUGCGACGGCCCAGUGCAGUGGCAGAGAAAGGAGACAACCACAUAUGACACACCGCGGAAUGCCGCUAUCCAUGUUAAUAUCACAAGGAGUUAAAAUUAGCAAUAAUAGACUAGCUGUGAUAAUUAUUGGUAUAGUUACAUUAAUUUUAGGCAUAGUUUUAUCAUCAAUACCAUGGCUGGACUAUUUUAUACUAAAGAAUUUAAGGCUGUGGAAUGAUACAUUAAGCUAUCAUUAUUGGCAAAGGCCUGGAGUUAUACGCUUAACCAAGGUAUACAUAUACAAUGUGACGAAUCCAGAUGGUUUUCUCAGCGGCGAGAAGCCCAAGCUGCAGGAGGUGGGACCUUUUGUCUACAGAGAAGACAUGGAGAAGGUGAAUGUGAAAUUCCACGAAAAUAAUCUAACGGUGUCAUAUCAGCAUAAGAAGAUACUACAAUUUGUUCCUGAACUGAGUAUAGAUAAGAAUACGCCCAUAGUCACGCCCAACAUACCGUUGCUGACACUCACCAGUCUGAGCCCCAAGCUGGGCUACCUGCUGUCGAAGACCAUAUCUGUGGUGCUGACAGCAGCCAAGUUCAAGCCCUUCAUCAACGUAACUGCCGAUCAACUGGUCUUUGGGUACGACGACGCUCUGGUUAGCCUGGCCCAUCGUUUCUAUCCCAAGCACAUGCGCCCCAUGGAACGCAUGGGUCUCCUGCUGGGGCGCAACGGCACUCUGACCGAGGUGUCGACCAUCAAGACGGGCUACAACGGCAUGGAGCAGUUCGGCUACAUCGACUCCCUCAACGGCAUGGACCACUUGCCGCACUGGAAUGAGCCGCCCUGCACCAGCAUAGCCGGCUCGGAGGGCUCCUUCUUUCCGCCACGCGAUAUCACCAAGUCGGAUAUGGUGCAUGUGUACGACAAGGAUCUGUGUCGCAUCAUACCGCUGAAGUAUGUGGAGCGCGUGCAAAAGGAUGGCAUCGACGCGGAUCUGUUCCGUUUGCCCAACAACUCGUACGGCGACUCGACAAACAAUCCGGACAACAAGUGCUACGAUACGAACGAUUAUGAGGCCAUACGAGGACUGCAAAACAUCAGUCCGUGCCAGUAUGGUGCGCCGGUCUAUAUCUCCAACCCCCAUUUCUACGAUGCGCAUCCGGAACUCUUGAACGAGGUUGAGGGCUUAGAGCCGCGACGUGAAAAACAUGAAACGUACUUCAAAAUACAGCCGAAACUUGGAGUGCCGCUCGAGGGCAAGGUGCGCAUACAGCUGAACCUGAAGGUGACGCGCGCCAAGGACGUCUAUCCGGUGCGUGACUUCCGCGACUUUGUGUUUCCGGUUAUGUGGCUGGAGGAGGGCAUCUCGGAGCUGACGCCCGCCAUCAAGCGUUGGAUCUACCUGGCCACUGUCAUAGCCCCGAAUGCGGUGCCCGUCGGCUCCUACCUGCUGAUUGCAGGCGGCGCCUUCGCCAUUGUCUUCAGUCUGGUGCGUGCCUACAAGAGCUAUAUGUUUGCUCGCGAUCCGACGCUCGAGAUACUGGAGAUGGGGCGUCGCUCGCUGCGUCGUGGCAGCAGCUUCGUCGCCCAUCAGCAGCACAAGCUGAUGCUCCAUCAUCGGGACAACUACGCCCUGCUCCGCACCAUGCCGCAUGCGAUGAGCGCGUGCAUGGGCGAGGCUGAUCGGGAGGAUGUCCAGCCCAUUAUAGACAGCAGCCUCAGGGAUAAUGUGAUCAGCAUGGAAUCAUAGUCUUAGUCCAGGCCAGGCCAGGCCAGGCCAGGCCAGCCUCCCCCAAACUCUGCCUGUGUGCCCGUGCGUGAGUCGCUGUGUGUGUGUGUGUGUGCAUGUGUUAGUGUGUGUGCAUGUUAGUCAAAAGAGAUCGAAGAAUCGACAAAUUGUGGCAUAUCUAGCGAACAAUGUCGCAAUCCCAAUUACUCGUAUAUCCCCCCUCCCCCUCAUUCCAAUAUUGAAUUCCAUUCUUGCGAAAUCUUAUUUAAGCAUAUAUUACUUUUAAGUCUUGAAACGCCACACAUUUCAUUUGCCCAAAUGGUUUCGAUGCUAGUUCUAUAUUCUUAGCUCUAUGUACUAUAUUUUGUAAAUAAUUAAUGCAUUAAACUAAUUCACUAGUCAUUUUUACAAUGUGAAAAAUGCGAGUUCGUUUCUAGUUAUUCCUAAGUUAGUUAGCCCUCUUUUGUCUCUAAAGAAAAAACAAACGUAACUGUUAAUUCAUUUACUAUAUUUAGGCAGAGGAUGUACAAAAUUCGUUUUCGAA